AUGGAUAAGCUAGAAUAAUAUGCUUUUGAUUCUAAAUAAAUUAUCAAAUAAACUUCAAGCAUUACAUCAAAAGGUUCAACAGUAUUAGAAGUUACUUAGACCUCAGAGAAAAUUGAUCAUCAAUAAACUAAUGGAGAGACUAUAAUUGCUACAAAGCAAUAAGUAGCUGUACCAGUAUAGCCUAGCCUAAGUAAAAAACAAAAGAAAAUUAAAGACAUAGAGGAUCUAAUAAAUAGAUUAAGGGAGCCAAGAGAGCCUGACUAGGAUGAGUGCUGUGGAAAUGGCUGCACUCCCUGUGUUUUCGAUACCUACUAUGAUAGACUAGGAGAAUACCAAGACAAGAAAGAUGAUUAUCAAAGCAAAUUAUUAGAUUAUGAGGAGAUGUCAGAAAGUGAAUUUGAAUGA